AUGCUGAUUUACUGCUCACCGAAGUCAUCUGUGAACGGGCUUCUAGCAGAGAUGAUCGCUAAGUUUGAGGAGGAACCUCCACUGGGCACCAAAUCUUCAGCACAGGGCGACAAUCCCAACAAUCUGCUGGCCUAUGUGUCAAAUCUCACCCUUAACGAAGGUGGGAAUCGGCUUGAUCAGGAGGUUAAGGUCUCCGUGAUUGGCGGAGGAGAUUUGGGAAUCGCUGCUGUGUUGAGUAUUAUGGCAAAAGGCUGUGUUGACAAACUGGUUUUGAUUGACAUCCCUGAGAGCUCAACCAAAGGUGGCACAACGGAUUUGGAGAUUUUCGGUUUACCAAAGGUCGAGGUCUCAAAAGACCUGUCGGCCUCGGCGGGCUCUAAGGUGGUGGUGAUCACAGCCAAUGCCUGGAGUGAUGAGCAGUCAUAUCUGAGUGUGGUUCAGACUAAUGUGGACAUGUACGGAGGCAUCAUCCCUCGUCUCGCCCAACUCAGUCCGAAAGCCGUGCUGCUCAUCGCCUCUCAACCAGUGGACGUUAUGACACAUGUUGCCUGGAGACAGAGUCAUCUUCUGCCCACUCAGGUGAUCGGUGUGGGCUGUAAUCUGGACUCGGAGAGACUGUCUCACAUCAUCAACAUUUCACUGGUGGCGAAUAGCACAGGCAAGCAGGCCUGGGUCAUCGGAGAACUGUCCGAGAACAAGGUGGCAUUGUGGGGUAAUAUGGGGCCGGGAACUGACCAGCUACAAGCGUUAACUCCAGUGUCCAACUCCACCAAACCAUUAAUGGACAGGGCGUUAGAGAUGCUCAAAGGCAGAGGUCAGAGGUCAUGGUCAGUCGGGUUGUCCAUUGCUGACAUUAUUCACAGCAUUGUAACGGACAAGAAGAAGAUACACUCUGUCACAACACUGGCUGAGGGUUGGGGUGGAAUCGGUUCUAAAGUGUUCCUCAGCUUGCCUUGCAUCCUCGGGGAAAACGGCUCUACCCGAUUACCAGGAGUGGCUCUGGGUUCAGAGGAAGAAAUGAAGCUGAGGGAGAGUGUGGCAUGUCAGGUCAACCUCUUCAUGCAGCUGAGAUUGUAACUCAGGUACUGGAUGAAACUGCAUCACCUCUACAAAUGGUGCAUUUUCUCUGCAAGCUCUGUUACAAUCGCAGCUUUAAGACAGUCAAUUUCUCGCGGAAGGUAAAGAUGCACUUUAGUCCUUCCUGCAAUACUAGCUUAUCUUAUAUUCUCACAGCAGCCACUGUGUAGCGACAGUCCUCCAUCUGACAGCAAUAGCACUGAAGACUUUAUCUUGGCUUCCUGUGAAGCAUUAUGCAUAUUAUUAUUAUUGCACUUGUUUACAAUACAAACUAUGUUUAUGCAAUCCUGUUUGUCAUAUGACUUAUAAGUGGUUACCUGUGAGAAUAAUGCAACAAUGGUGCCUUUAUGAAGGUUAAAUUAUGGUAGAAAGGUAAAAUGAAUGGCUUCAAGUGCUUGUUAAAUGCUGUUUAAAAUGAAUGGCUUCAAGUGCUUGUUAAAUGCUGUUACCAAUCAGGCAGAUCUGUGAUGUAGGUUUGCUUUUAAAUCAAUUAAAGGGCAAGUGAAUGUAUAUUAAUUUAUAAAGAAAUAUUUGACCCUGGUAUAUUUUAUCACGUUGUGCUUGUGCCAUAUACCUCUGAAUGUGAAAUUAGAAUCGACAACAGCAAUAAUGUAAAUAUUAAAAUAAACACUCCACUUUAUGUAUUGUCUCAUU